AUGGCCAGAGUCUACAUCCUCUUUGUCAGAAACAGUGCUAAGUUGGCGCAGGAGGAGCCCUGGGACUGGAGCAGAGCGCUGCGCAGUCCCCGAGGUGCCCGUGCCCGGCGCAGCAGCGGCGGUAACACCAGCAGCGGCAGCGGCAGCAGCAGCAGCAGCCUCCCGCGGACCCAACGGCCGCAGACCAGCUUCCCAGGGGGUCCAGCACCCAGCGGAGAGGGCGCAGGGAUUGACAGCCAGAGCCUCCACCUGGUCCCGCAAGUGGAUCUGAGUUUGGACCUCCACAACACUUUGCUGUCCUCCCUCUUAUCCGCUUCCCUGAGCGCCCAAGUGGGUGUCCUCUUCCAACUCCUGUCCUAUAUCCAGACUUCUCCCCUUGGACAGCAGGCUGCUUCAGGGCUGAGGCUCCAAGCCUCAAUGAGGAGCCCAAACAUGGCGACCUUCAAACAGCAGAAGGUGGAGGAUGUAUAUGAAAUUGGAGAAGAGUUGGGAAGUGGCCAGUUUGCCAUAGUGAAGAAAUGCCGGGAGAAGAGCACCGGGGCCGAGUAUGCUGCCAAAUUCAUCAAGAAACGGCAGAGCCAGGCAAGCCGUCGAGGGGUACAGCGGGAGGAGAUCGAGAGGGAGGUGCACAUUCUGCAGCAGAUCCUGCACCCCAACGUGAUCAAACUUCACGAUGUCUAUGAGAACCGAACAGAUGUGGUCCUCAUCCUUGAGCUAGUUUCUGGGGGAGAGCUCUUUGAUUUCCUGGCACAAAAAGAGUCUUUGAGUGAGGAGGAAGCGACCAGUUUCAUUAAGCAAAUCCUGGAAGGCGUUAACUACCUGCAUGCCAAGAAAAUUGCACACUUUGACCUCAAGCCAGAGAACAUUAUGCUGUUGGAUAAGAAUAUUCCCAUUCCACACAUCAAGUUGAUCGACUUUGGCCUGGCUCAUGAAAUCGAAGAUGGAGUGGAGUUUAAGAACAUUUUUGGGACUCCAGAAUUUGUAGCUCCCGAAAUUGUGAAUUACGAACCCCUUGGGCUGGAGGCUGAUAUGUGGAGCAUAGGGGUCAUCACCUACAUACUGUUAAGUGGUGCUUCACCUUUCCUUGGAGACACAAAGCAGGAGACGUUGGCAAACAUCACGGCAGUGAGUUAUGAUUUUGAUGAGGAAUUUUUCAGCCAGACCAGCGAGUUAGCCAAAGACUUCAUUCGGAAGCUCCUGGUUAAAGAAACAAGGAAACGGCUCACAAUCCAAGAAGCGCUCACUCAUCCCUGGAUCACGUUGAAAGGAGAAGGCAAAGCCCCCGAACACAGGAAGACAGAGCCCCCCCAGGUGAAGACUAAGCGCUUGAGAGAAUACACCAUCAAGUGCCACUCCAGCAUGCCCCGCAACAACACCUACGUCAACUUCGAGCGCUUCGCCCGCGUGGUGGAAGACGUGGCUGAGGCUGAGCGUAGCUGCAGCAAGCUGGCCUCGGCUCACGACUCUCUCCAGGAUGAUGUGGAGGCUCUGGUGUCCAUCUAUAACGAGAAGGAGGCCUGGUACAGGGAGGAGAGCGAAAACACUCGCUAUAGCAUUUCCCAGCUCAAAUACGAGUACCGCAAGGUAGAGGCCAUGAAGAAGGCCCUCCAGGAAGACAUCCAGACCGUAGGCUCCGACCUAGGGAAUGUUGCUGGGAAAUAUGCUAAGCUUGGGGCUCAGUAUGAAUCUCUAAGGCAGGAGCUUUCUGAGGACCUAAAGUGGAUCCAAGACCUCAUGAGCAGUUUCCAGCAAGAGAAAGGCAGUGAAGGCAAUCUUGGCUCUGUUUUCAACGGAGAUGUGAAUGAGUCACUAAUGGAACUGUUAAAUAGGUCUUGCAGUGAAGACUUCCUUGCAGGUUUGAAGCUCAGGGUUACAGAAUCCAGCCAGUAA